AAUUAAAAAGUAAAAUAGUGAAAGCCCUAUUACAUUUUCCCCAAUCCAGCGCCGCUACAGCUUCUUCUUCAUCCGCUUUCUUUUCUUUUCUUUUUGCGUCAAGGAGUGCAGCAACAGCAGAGAGAAUAAGAAAGAUCUGGUAACCACUGCCCUAAAUAAAUUGUCAUCCCCGCUCACUGGAUUGACGAUCUAACGGCUGGAGGGAAUUCCAUCGCCGGCGAUCGAGCCGCCUUCGCUCAAGCCUCAAGGUUUCAUCGUACGGAUGUUGUCGUGCUUUCGGGAAGGGCAAGAAGACGCGUUUCGAUUGAAUUGAGGCGGUAGAAUUUUAGGUGAUUGAGCUAUAGUUCUUUUUUUGUCUUUACGUUUGUGGAUCAUAAAUAACUUGCUAUACAAUCUUGCCGCUUUCAUACAAUGUCAAUGAUCAAAUACAUUCUCAAAAGCCCUUGUACAAAACCCUUCACCACUCUUCUCGUUGGACCACCGGAAAUCUAUCAAGAACCACCCAAAUCCACUGCCGCCUCCGAUGCUGCCACGGGCGAUGCUUUCGUCGACAUUAUGGUCUCAGAAUUCAACAAAACAGAAAUCAAUCUGAGGGGCCUCACGGAGAACCGUUCUCCGACGUUUCUAUCGACGGCAAAUCCGUGUUUGGAUUUCUUCUUCCACAUCGUCCCAGACACGCCACCCCAAUCCCUCACCCACCGCCUCAAGCUCGCGUGGGAUCAAGAUCCGCUCAAGGCACUGAAGCUCGUUUGUAAUCUCCGCGGAGUCAAAGGCACCGGAAAAUCUGAUAGAGAAGGUUUCUACACCGCCGCGCUGUGGCUGCAUGACCGCCACCCCAAAACCCUAGCCGGCAACGUGGCCGCCUUCGCGGAUUUCGGGUACCACAAAGAUUUUCUCGAGAUCCUUUUUCGGAUUCUUCAAGGCCCCAACGCGCGAGCAUCGGCGAAAGAGAUAGGGGAGAAGUGGAAAGCUUGGAAAUCGGCCAAGGAUGUGUGGGAGGAGAUGAAGUUGCUAGGGGAUUGUGAUACAGAUUCACAUUUGUUGUUCAUGAGGCAAAGUGUGAAGGCGAAGUUGAUGUGGGCUAGAAAAGGUCUGCAACCGGGGAAAAUUACCCGCGAAGAGAAGAGGUUGAAAAUGGCAAGGACUGUUGUCAACAGGUAUAAUGAGGAUCCCCAUUUCAAUUUCUUGCACGACAAAGUCUCCGAUCUCUUCGCGCAGCGGUUGAGAUCGGAUAUGGAGAUGCUGAAAUCGGGGAAAUUGAACAAGAUCAGCCUCGCCGCGAAAUGGUGCCCCUCUCUGGAUUCGUCGUUUGACAAAAUAACCCUGCUGUGUGAAACCAUAGCGAAGAAGGUGUUUCCGAGGGCGGAAUAUGCAGAGUAUGAAGGCGUGGAGGAGGCGCAUUACGCGUAUCGCGUGAGGGAUAGGCUGAGGAAGGAGGUGCUGGUGCCGCUGCGGAAGGCGCUGGAGCUGCCGGAGGUGUAUAUCGGGGCCAAUGAUUGGGGAUCUCUGCCUUACAAAAGAGUGGCGUCUGUGGCUAUGAAAACAUACAAGAGUAAAUUCUUUAAGCACGAUGAAGAAAGAUUCAAGGAGUAUCUUGAGAAAGUGAAGUCCGGCAAAGCCAAGAUCGCUGCAGGCGCAUUGCUUCCUCAUGAGAUAAUCGCGUCGUUGAAUGACGAAGACGACGGCGGUGAAGUCGCGGAGCUUCAGUGGAAGAGAAUGGUGGAGGACAUGGCCAAGGUUGGGAAAUUGAGCAAUUGCCUUGCAAUCUGUGAUGUUUCCGGGAGCAUGUGUGGGAUCCCGAUGGAGGUUUCGGUGGCGCUAGGAGUUCUGGUGUCGGAGCUGAGCGAUGAGCCAUGGAAGGGGAAGCUAAUCACCUUCAGCGCAAACCCUCAGCUCCAGAGAGUGAGAGGGGAAAGCUUGAAAGAGAAGACUGAGUUUGUGAGAAGAAUGGAGUGGGGGAUGAACACUGAUUUCCAAAAGGUGUUCGAUGUGAUACUGAAAGUGGCGGAGAAGGGGAAGUUGAAGGCGGAGGAGAUGAUAAAGAGGCUGUUUGUGUUCAGCGAUAUGGAAUUCGAUGAGGCUUCAAUGAAUCCGUGGGAGACGGAUUAUGAGGCGAUCGUGAGGAAAUACAGAGAGAAGGGAUACGGAGAAUGUGUGCCGGAGAUUGUGUUUUGGAAUUUGAGGGAUUCGAGGGCGACGCCGGUGCCGGCAAACCAGGCGGGGGUGGCGCUUGUGAGCGGCUUCUCCAAGAAUCUGAUGAAGAUAUUUCUUGAGGAGGGUGGAGUGAUGGAUCCGGUGGCGGUGAUGGAAGCUGCGAUUGCUGGUAAAAAAUAUCAGCAGCUGGUUGUGCUGGAUUGAUAUAUAGAUAGCAUGAGUUUGGAUCUUUGUUAGCAGUGUCAAAGUUUUUGAUUAAUCAAUGUGGAUGAACAAGGUUUGUGACUCUUUGAUUUUGAAGGAUUUAAUCAAUGAUUA